GCAAAAAACGCGAAAGGUUUAUCGCUUUACAGCUGAAGGUAGACGAUGGCAGCAUCAGCAUCAGCAGGUGGAGUAGAUGUUGACGAGACUGUGGCCAAGCGAUACCGGCGUGAUGUGCCCGACGGCAUGUCUUCGCUCCAGCCCGUGCACCUGUACAUGGAUGGGGUGUUUGAUUUCGUCCACGCCGGCGACAUGGAGGCGUUUCAGAGGGCGCGGGAGGAAUACGGGUACGCGCACCUCACUGUGGGGGUCACAUCGGACGCGGAAACGGAGGCCUUCACCGGCGCCCCGCCCGUGCUGAGCCGCCAGCAGAGGGCUGACGCGCUCAGGCAGAUUAAAGGAGUGGAUAAGGUCAGCAAAUCGCCAAAUAGACCGAUAGAUAGGCCCCCAUCACCUAGCUGUUCAUCUCCUUCCCUCCCACUGUGAAUAUGCUUUGCUUGCUGUGUGCAGGUGGUGUGCUGCCCGUGGAUCAUCACCCCCGAGUUUUUGCGCAAGCACGGCAUCCACUACGUGUGCCUGGCGCCCAGCAGCAGCACCCUCUACCGCUACGGGACGGACCUGCCGCGCGAUGAGGUGGACAUGAUCCGGCAGCAUCUGCAGGGCGGGGGGUGGGUGCGCCACAGCAGCAGCACCCUCUACCGCUACGGGACGGACCUGCCGCGCGAUGAGGUGGACAUGAUCCGGCAGCAUCUGCAGGGCGGGGGGUGGGUGCGCCACCUGCCGCCCACGCCACACAGCUACCUGUCGAGCGCCAACCUGAUCGCCAAGAUCAUCAGACACAGAUCCCACUUCAUCGCAAACGCACUGGUAGGUACCCUCACUUUGACGCACUGCACUAGAGUGCGCCAACACCAAAACAUGCAUACAGGUGGAUGGGAUGGAUGUGUGUAUGGUAUGUGUCUGUCACACAGGCUGAGGGCUCCCGUCCGUCUGACCUUGCCGUGAGCUCCCUGCUGGCGUCUCGUGUGCGGCUGUCGUGUGCCGUCCACACCAUGGCCCGCCGUUUCAUGGACGGCCUGGAGGGCCUCACCAAGACCGCCCUCCCAGUGGGCUGCCGAUUCGACCAGGGCGUCGACGCCAUCUGCGACACCAUCGCAGCCAAGAUGAGCAGCAGCAGGGGCAGGCCGCCAGCACCGUUAGCCGCUGAGGACCAGCCACCCAAGCCGAUCCCACCAUCCCCCAACACACCGGACAUCGCGGCCGCUGCAUACGAGCGUCGCGGGUCUCGCUCCGUGGCUGCUGGUGCUCCUGCUGCUGCCGCUGCUGCGGGUGCGGGUGUGGUGCCUCGCCACGGUGUGUCGUCGGAUGACGACAUGUUUGCGGCGCCUUCAGCCGAGGAGGAGGCGGCCAUGCGGGGGGUAAAACGGUCGCGGGCUGCCAUGAGGGAGGAGCAAGUCGAGGAACUCAGAUGAUCAGGAGGAGGAAGGCGUCUGAAGUAAAUCAGUAAGUAUGUAUUGGAGUGGCCGAUGGACCGACGGACAAGAGAUGGAUGGAUGGAUGGAUGGAGGCACACAUACGCGACAGACGUGUUGUUGGGUGAUUGACUGAUUUUUCAUGUAUGUGGGUCGGGUCGGCUGGCCGGCUGUGGUGAGUGAGGUGGGUGAGCUGAAAUUCCCGCCCGCCUUGUGUGGUGUGUGACGUCACAAGGUGACUGACUGACGAUGUGUGUGUGGAUCGAUGGAUUGGUGGUGGUGUACAACAAAUACCUACCUUGGUUUGGAUGGCAUCUGUGUGUCC